AUGAACUUCGGUGCCAUCGGAACAGUGAUCGCACACGAGAUCACACAUGCCUUCGACGACAUCGGAAAGCAAUUUGAUAAAUAUGGCAAUAAUGAGAAUUGGUGGCACUCAACCACUGAUACCAUGUUUAAAAAUAGGACACAAUGUCUUAUCAAUCAGUAUAACGGCUAUGUUUUACAAGAUAUCGCAACGAAUUUAAACGGCAUAAACACGUUGGGAGAGAAUAUCGCGGACAAUGUGGGGGUUCGGGAGGCUUUCAAAGCGUACAAAUCAUACGUCAAACAACACCCAAAAGAGUUGACUCUUCCCGGUCUCAGAUAUACACCCGAACAGCUCUUUUGGAUUACAUACGGAAAUGUGUGGUGCACUCAAGUCAGACCUGAAGUAUCAAAAAUGUUUGUCGAUAAGGAAACCCAUAGUCCGGCGCGCUUUAGAGUUAUCGGAACCCUAUCUAAUCUGAAGGAGUUUUCCCAGAGUUUCAACUGUCCUGAAGGGAGUCCAAUGAAUCCAUUAAAUAAAUGCAAUAUUUGGUAAUUUGGCUCUAAUUUUAGACCUGUUUUUAAUUGAAUGAGAUGUUGAAUGUAAUCAUUUAAAUGCUGUAAUAUAUUGUAUUUUUACUAAACAUAAUCUAAUCAUAAGAUUAUAAAUGUAUAUAAAAUAUUAUAAUCUUUUAGA